CGUUUGUUGCGGUGCGCGGUUUUCGAUUUGUCGCGAAUUAUUUCGUCUGAAUUUGUUUACAUGCGUUCCGUGCGGUGCAUGUUUUGAGCGGAUUCUGUCUGUGAUUUUUUAUAACUUAAUUUUUUGACUACCGUAGUAAUUUGGUAGUGCGUGGUGCGACCGUUGGAUUCAGGAAAAUGGCAUGCAAAUAUCCAGACAGAUGGCUUGAUUACACCAAUAUCGGUGCCCAGGUCGAAGGGACGCAGUUCAUUGCACUGAAAGUUCCACUGGGAAAGAAAUAUUUUGUCAAACGCGAGAAAGAGAGUUUCACUCCCGGCGACGUAGUUCAGCAAAUCCCAAAUCUGGGUCUGGUGAUAGACCUCACUUUUACAUCGAAGUACUACAAUCCCUCGGAAUUUGAGCAACUUAACGUCCAAUACAAAAAGAUUUUUACGAAGGGACAUGAAAUUCCUAAGCGGUCGUUGGUGAAUAAUUUCAUUCGCACGGUCAACGACUUCUUGGCUGAAGAGGAGAACAAAGAUAAACUAAUUGGCGUGCACUGUACUCAUGGGUUGAAUCGAACAGGAUAUUUCGUCUGUGCAUAUAUGAUUCUAGUCCAGGGUCUGGCUCCCAGAGCUGCUAUCAAUGCAUUCAAUGACGCCCGAGCUCAUACAAUGGAGAGAGCCAACUAUCUGAAUCACUUACGAAGUUUAACACCGGCAAGCUACGACUCGAACCUUCCAGCACACAAUGAUCAGCAAGAAGUGAUACACGACGCUAAUCACUCUCGCGACAGAAACAGAAGAGAGGCCAGAAGUUUCAACCGCCAUCAGUCGGAUAGGUAUGCCGGUAACUGGCGGGACCGAUCUCGAGAUAAUGGCAAUUGGCGUAAUCGUUCCCGAGAGAACCGCAAUGGGUUCCUUCUGGAUGGCGCUGGUGACAACUGGAGAGAUCGGGAAGUGGUCGAUGAUCGUCGUUACAACAGGGAUGAUCGGAGACAAGAUCGGUCGCGCGACAACUACAGGAGCUACGGUCGCCAUGUAAAUCAUCAGGACGCAUCGAGAAGUAACGGCGAAGAAGCGUGUUCUUCUUCAAGAUAUGAACCUCAUCACAACAGAUACAAAUGGUCGCGUAAGACCAAAAACGAUGCGGACAACUCGUGAAAGUAACAACUGUACCUGAUGUUGGUAUUUAUCUGAAUAAAGCAGUAAAGUUCCGUUGCAAUAU